GACGCCACAUUAGUUUACCAUUUGCUGCGUCAAAACAACGCAUUAGAAUAUUUGUUAAGAAUUAAGAAAAACCAAAAAAAAUUAGAAUAAAAAUGUUCCGCCUCACAGUUUGUUUGGUUAUGGUUGCUUGUUUGUCCACGUGGGUUUCAGCAUAUGGUUCUGCUCCGCCUCCAAGUGGCUAUGACUCAUCUUCAGGUGCCCAGGCUGUGCCAUUGCCCGCGAACGUUGAAGCUCAAGCAGCAGCGUUGACGAAUGCCGCUGGAGCCAAGGCGACCGCUGCCAAAAUCAACGCUCUCAAAUGGGAUUUGCUCAACUUGUACGGCUACGAAACUGGCUACCCACAGUUAGUCACAAAGUACGGACCAUUGACCUCAUUGCUCGCUGCUGCGCUACCCCCACGCAGUUUUGUAGGAAAGAUCGAUGGUGCCUUCGUGAGAGAUUAUUACGGUAAUAUCCAGCAUAUCGGCGAAAGCACGAUCGGUGUUGUGGCAAUCUGAACGGCAACGCCCGAAGCCACGGUUAUAAAAUUAGCAACGAAACCUUAAUUCUGAAAGGAACGUGAAAAUAAAACUAUAUUUUUUAAGAUGAAAAA